UGAGCCGACAGCCACAUCCACCUCCACACCUGACCACGGCCGCCCUGCAGAAAGGAGCCCGGAGGAGCUCUUCUUUGGGACCCAUAACAAAGACUACAAAAAGAGACCGGAUUCAGAGAAACAAAAACCCAACCUUCAACAGUUUGCCAGCCUAAAAUUAAACACGACAGAGUUCCCCACAGCAUGUCUGUGCCAUCCAACAAUCAUUCAGCCUUAUCGCAAGGAACCCACGGUGCUGAAGCAAUUACUGGGUCAAAGAUGCCAUCUCUACAUAUAGAGUCAACAUCUAAAAGUCUCUCUUCCAAAUCUGGAACGGAAACUCAGCUUGUGCUGUCAGACAGCCCAGAAGAGGAUGAAGAAAACCCAAUGAAAAAUCCUUUUACAAUGCCUCCAGAAAUAGACAUUUUCUCAAUAAGGAACAAGGAAAGAGAAAAGGCCAAGGCGGAACGUGAAAGGAUGAAGACCAUGAAAAUCCACGAGAAAAUGACUUACUCCACUAAAAUAAAAGCAAAGCAAAAAGGGUGCAGGAAAGCUCUGCAAAAGGAGGAAGAAGAGGAGGCCAGAAAACAGGCAACAAAUGAAGAGAGACUGAAAACUCUUCAGGAGACUCUGUCAUGGAAGACAGCCACUAAUAAAGAUAACCCAUUAGAGAAGGAGACCUUCCAUGACUACAUAAAUGACAGAAGAGAGAUAUUUUUACUUGAGUAUGCCAUAGCAGUAAAGCGAGAUGAGAUUCAAAGGAUGGAGAACAUAGCAAAGACUGAGGAAAGAAAACUGGAAAAGGCUGAAUACUACCUGGACAAGGAUGCUGCCAUGUUUGCUGAGUUCCUGAAGGAGAACCAUAAAAACUCUGUUCAAGCCCUGAAAAUUGCUGAAAAAGAAAGCACAGCAAAGACAAAGAAAAUAACGGAGAUCCAGGUGAUCACUUCCCAAAUGGAGAACCUCCAAAGUGAUAUAUCCAGAUUCAAGAAUACUCUGCAGAAGUACAAAAUGUACAGGGACUUCCUCUACAAACUAUCUCCAAAAGAGUGGCAAGAGGAACAUGGAAAAAAGCACACAAAGGAAAAGGAUUUGAAAACAGCAACCAAAGCUACCGAAGAAAGUGGCUCACCUAAAACCACUGCAGAGCAGGACAAGUGCCAGGGAAGAGCUGCCCACUCCUCACUAGGACAGCCCCACGCUCCAAAUGUCCAUGUCGUCUUGUCUCCAGGCCAGGGUCUGACAGCCAGUCCCUAUACUACCAGUCAUAUAGAUCCACCAAAUUCCCUGCCGCCUUCACAAAGUUUGGCAGUCAUCUCACUACAUGAGGUCAGGCCGCAUCUCAAAAACUUCCCGAAGUCUCUACCAACAAGAAAACUAAAUUUACUGGAGGACACAGAGAGCGAAACCUGCUCGGACGAAGAUGAGGAGCCUGAGUUGUAUUUCACUGAUCCCCAACAACUGCUGUCUAUUUUCACGGAGAUGGAGGAAGAGAACUUGACUUUCAUCCAGAAUUCCCAGGAGACCGAGGAAAGUUUGGAAAAGGUCCAGCACACUUUCAUCACCACACAUGAAAGCACGGAGAAGAAGUUAGAAGAGCUGAAACAGCAGGUAGUCACGCUGAGAUCCUCUGUCGCCAAGGAAGAAAAGAGAGUAGCAGAUCUGAAACUCAAAGUUCACCUCUUUACCUCUGGAGGACACGAAGCUGACGACCAGGACAAAACGCUCACAAGCCUGAACAAGAAGGUGCUAGAAGUCUAUUGCCACUGCACUGGAGAAAGUGAGACAAAGCUGCAGACAGUGCAGAUGCUAAUGGUGAUAGAAAAGCAGCUCAAUGAUUUAUUGGAUACCUUAGAGAGAAUCCCACCAGCAAAGAUAGAACAGGCUGAGAAAGCCAAAAAAGCGGAACAGAGAAUGAGGCUCAGAGAGGAAAAGCUCAGACAACAGAAGCAGCAGCAAGAGGAAAGAUUGCAACGGGCCCUGGAAAGAUCACAGGCAACUAUAAAAAAAAGGAGCGGCAGGAGGCUGGUGUUUCGUUCCAACCCACCUACCAGGAAGGAGAAGAAAAAGCAGAGCCAAGAAAAAAUGGAUAAGGAGAAGGAAGAACAACUCUAUUAUUUCACCUGGCAGCACAGCCUUAACCACAGCAUGGAGGGCUGAUGCUGCUCUAGAAAAACAUUUUUUUUUCAUAGAUGUACAGUCUGUUAAUCUUUGCUCAGUUGAUGAUCUUCAUGGUCCCGGGAAAUUCCCUAUCUUCUCCUACCCCAAGAUACCAGGGAAAGCUCUCGUCUUAGGCAACCACUCUCCCCUCCCAUUGAUCUUCUGCCUAAGAAAAGAAAUUAAAAUUCUCUCAUUUU